UGCUUAAUUCAUGUCCCCUUAGCCUUAGGCUUAGACUUACUUCUUAGUGAGUGCGUUUGUAACAGUUGAGUUUGUCACUUGUCACAGACUUGUGGCAAGUUCAAGUUGUGAAGUUUUAGUUUGUGCUAAAAACUAUCAAUGAGAAACCAUGUCAAAUACAGAAAAAAUGGGUGAUCCUUUGAACCUGUCUACUUGGACUCUAAUUGAUAAUGAAGGAGAGAUAGUGUAUCAGUCUGGGGAUAUUGACUCUGAAUCAAGUGACAGUUCAAUUGAAGUAGUGACUUUUAAUGAUGGGGAAUUAGCAACUUUCUCAAGGCACCUUAGCAGUGAUCCUAACAAGGAAAUAUCAGAUGAUCUGAUGGAUCUCAAGGAGACACUAGAACACAAUUCAGUGAAUGAUCACCCUGGAAAUCACGAGUCUUUUGGAAAUCAAGAGUCUCUAUCAUCUGAAAGCACUGCUACUUCCUCUUUUCUUAGUGAGAAUUUUGACAGACAAGCUGAAACAGAUGUGAUUAAGUCAAGCUUAAAUAAUGUGAUACAUUAUGUUGAUAAAAGUUUGCAUUCUGGUCAGACAAUUAAAGAAGUAACUGUCAGCAGCCAAGAUGAUCUUGAUUUAUUGGUCAAUGAAAAACAAGAAAAAAUACUUGUGAAGGAUUGUUUAGUUAGUGGAGCAGAAAAUAAUGAAGAUAUUGUGUAUGAUGAUACAGUUACUUCAGUUAGACAUAGUGAUCACUAUGAUGGUUCCAAGAUAGGCGAUAACCCUUUAGGCAAUGAGUUAGGAGCUUGCUGCUUGGAUCUCUUGCUUGAAAGAUCUGGUGACUUUAAAAAUACAGUCGAAACAGAUCUUGCCAAUGAAGGAAAAACCUACUUAUCAGCUUAUGCAAGCGACAGUGGAACAGACCGUAUCCACUUUUCAGAUGAAGAAAGUUCAGUUAGCCACACUGCCAAAGACAUUGUCAGCUUGUUAGAAGAGGAACCGAAAUCUAGCAAUACUGACACAGAUCUGAUCCACUUGUCAGAAGAGGAAAACACAAAUUACAGUGUUGGAAGAAGGACUGACAGUGACACCGAUUCUGAUUUUGUACGCUUGGACUGUGGUAGCUUGCCUGAUCUUGAUAUUCAUGAGAUUACUGUGCCUAUUAGAAUCUCUACAGUUGAAUCAUCUGUUUGUCCAAGUUUUAGCUUUUUAAGAAAUGCAGAUUCUGCUAAUAGACAUUCAACAAGUCAAGAAUCUACUAACAGAGAGGCAGUGAUUCCUUAUGAAGAAGAUGUUGAUGAUGACACAGAAUCCUCCACAGAGGAAGGAGUUGAUGAUCGCAUUGAGAGUGAGCAGAGUGAGGCUGGCUCACUGUCUGCCCAGAAUGACAUCGGAGAUCUCUCAGUCUUUGCUGAUAUUGGAGACCUGCCUCUUGAUGCUGGCAAUGUCCCUCGUAACUACAUUCAUAGCCCUAAUAAUCACCUAAGCACAAUUCUUAAUGUCAUUGUGUUUGUUGCUGCCAUUUUGACAAUGGGAAUCAGUUUAGGUAUUAUAGUAGGAACAGACUUGGAGAUUGAGGAAUGGCAACAAACAGUCUAUCAGCAGUCUAUGAAAAUAAUUUUGUUAGAGCAGCAGUUGAAACUGAAGUCAGAAGAACUCAGUUCUGUGAAAAUGGAAUUGGUAGAAAAAUCAUACUUUGCGGAGACUUGGGUAAAAAAAUUUGAACAUUUUUAUGCACAAGCGUAUGUUCAGUUUUGCAAUCUUGCAAUAUAUGAAAACAAAAGCAGAGAAAAUGGAUUUAACAUGUUAGGUGAUGUAUUUGAAAGAGUCACUAACUGUGAAAGAGCCAAAAUGGGCUUAAUGUGCGACGAGGGCGUAUUUUCACUUCCACCUUGUGAAAAAUACUUUGAAUGGUUCAUUGGCAACUUUAGCAUCAUCAAGAAUGAAGUAGCUACCCCCAGUUCUUCCAAUCAGAAGCCAUCAGAGAAUACAGAAGGUCUUCACAAUCUGACUCAAGAACACCAACACCAGAUCCUUCAAGAAACUCAUCAAGCAGCUCCAUUGGCAGAACCUGUUAUGAUAAACAUCAAAGAUCUCCAGCAGUCUCUUACUAGAGAGCAGCAAAGGGCACUUCAUUGGCAGAAUUUGUAUCUUUCUGAACGUAGACAGAAAGAAAGAGAAAGAGAAAAUGAGGAGUGGGAAGAUGAAAGGGAUAGAGAACUUUGGGAAAAUGAACAUGAACACCUUGACCAAGUUGAUUGUCUCAAAAAGCUCAUGGCUGCCAAUGUUACCAGGCUGACCCAACACAUUUCUCAAUGGAAUUUUACUGUUUUUGAUGAUUUUGCUAACCUUUCGCUUUUGCUUUCGGGCGUGGCAGAGUUGAAACAGUCUGUAAUAGAUUCUCUUCAGAAUGUUUGGGACCGUGCAGAGGAGAUGCUUGAUAAUGUGCAGAAAAAGAAUUCAGAUUGGGUGGAAGUCAAGUCAUCUAGUAGAGAUUUUGAAUUGCUGUAUGUUUACGUGACACACAUUUUACAGGAGAUUGGGGAAUUGCUUGAUGAGGAGACACUUUUGGAGUAUUUAAGAGUUCAAGUCAACAGUGUUAUCGAGCUUUUGAAAAACAUUAUUCUCUCUGAACCAUCAAGCAAAAAUAUUUUAUUACCCAUUCAGUCUAAUUUUGAACAUGCUCAAAUGCUUGACCCUGUUUUGGAUACAAAGAAAACUAUUGCAUCUCUAAUUCAGUUAUUUUAUGAUCUACAACAAACUUUGAAAGUUGAAUUUGGGUCUGAGGCAUUUCAGAGCAAGGCAGCUGAUGAGAUGUCUGAUCAAAUGGCUAAUGAAAAGCAUAAUGCUGAGAAGGUUGCAAAAAACAAGAAAAACAACUCUUGGCCAAAUCGUCUUGGAAUAUUGUUAAAAAAAACAAGUGCCUCUGUGAGAGAUAAAGUUAAAAACACCUGGCAGAAAAUUAAGUCAAUCUGGCAUAAUAAAAAAACAACUUUGCAUAAACUGAAGAAUUAUUGGCAUGAAAAGAAGCCAUCCGUUCUAAAAAUGGCUCAAGGAUUAACUGAUCACGUCAUCAAUGUAUCUUCAAAAUUUAAGAACCUCUGCACUUCCUUACCUCUCUUUAACAAAAAUGAAGCUGAUGUGAAUAUUUAUAGCAGGAGUGUUUCUAAAGCCAGAAAACAAUGGCAGAAAGACAUUUUACAUGAGCCUUGUAAAACUCUUGGAAAAUUCAGCACAGAGUGCAAUUCUGACCGAAAGCAGUUGAAGAAAAAUAUUAAAAAGAUAAAUCAUAAAUUCAUUGAAAUCUUGAAGCUAUUCAAUUCUAUUGAAGUUCAAAAAUUAAAACCUAAUCAAAUGAAGAAAAUUUUUCUGAAAAUCAAGUCAUUUCAAGAUGACUGGGGUAGCUCAGGACUGCUUUUAAAAACUGAUUUAGACUGGGUCACUUGCCAGAGAACUCAGUGGUUUAACUUCAUAAACAAAGCUACUCCACUGGAUUUAAAAAGUUGCAAUACCAUCAACCUUGAAGAAAACUUAAGUGAACAACAUUGUGAAAGAAGUAAGGUACAAAUAGUACAGAGUCAGGGUCCCUCAAAUCAUUUUAGCCAUCAACAAAAAUUAGAUGAACAGGUUCAGCCUGAAAACACAGAUUUCCACCAUGAAAAAGAUGGUGUCAGUGUACAGAACACUCUACACAGGAAUUUAGAUAACACCAAUAAAACCUUUGAGUUUGAAUCUAAGUCACAUGAGCAGGAUGACUGGUAUUUAAAAUGGGCUAACUACAGAGUUCAGAGUCGCAAAGAACAUGACAAAUCUGAUUGGAUCUUUCAAAUGGCAGCUGAUAGAGAAAAACAACGAAAUGAAGACAGGGCUUCAUCCAACUGGGUGUUUCAAAAGGCAGAUCAUAGGAAACAAAAACGUAGAGAGGCGCAUAGAAAUGACUGGCUGUUUGAAAGAGCACAUCGAAAUCCUUCAUGUGAUGGUCAUUUCAGUCAUUGUGAAACAGACAGUCAUGACAAAUCUAAAAACUGGUUUGAGAAACAUGAUGACCAUAGAGAAAAUAUGAGAAGGCAAGCCAGACAUAUGAGGGAAGACAAGAAUAUGCAUAGAAACUUUCAUAGUGAAAAGUUAAAAAGGUCUAAACCCAAAAGACAUCAUUAUCAUUCCCACUCCAGGUCAAGUAAACAAGAUGAUAAAAGGUUUCACUCAGCAUUUGCACAUUUCUAGUCCUUAUUGUGAUCCCUAUCUCUAUGGCUUCUUUAUCACAUUAUGAAACAUAAUAUGCAUUGAGCUGUACAAAAGUAGAUUACCUAUGAUCCUGUUGCUCAAGUACUUAUCCCUGAGGUUUACGUUAAAAUUGCAUUUGCCUCCAUCAUUGCUAUGUCUGUGGUGUUCUUAAAUUUUAAAGCAACAAAAAUUUAAAGUAGCCAAAGUGACUCUACCUUUCAAAAGCAGGCUGCAGAAAAAUACUGAAAAUUAAAAUUAUCCUUUUUUUUUUUUGCUAGAAUGAAACAGCUGACAUUUCAUUUUCACCCAGUGUGUGCAUUUGUUGUUCUAAAGUUGUUAAAUCAUUUAGAUCUACUAACCAGAGCUGUAAGCUUGUUGUGAUGCUAAACUUUGAUAUUUAAUUGUGUAAGCAAUACCCAGUUUCCUAAGUGUUUAUUGCAUUGAAUGUUGUUGAAUUGUAUUGUUGAAAUAGAGUUAUAACAAACCUUUAUUUUUUCGAGAUUCAUUUCACAAUGGAACAUUUAUAUUGUUUAUUAUUUUAAAUUGCUUUAAAAACUAAGAUUGAUCAUCUUUGUCACACAUAAGGUUCAGGUCAGAUUCACAAUUAAAUUUUAAAAGAUUUGUCAUAGUUUUAUAAAUGCAUUGAGGUGUGGGUUAUUUUAGUUAUAUAUAGUUGUUUUUCUUUUUACAAUUUUUUAUGUUUCUAAAAUAAGUAAAAUUGCAAAAUUUAAAGCAUAUUAUGAUAAGAUAAGUUUAAAAAAAUCAUAUUAUAUUGGCUACAAUAAUAAUAAAAGAUCACUAACUAUUAUUUGUUUCAAUGGUAACUUCUACACACACAAAAAUCUAUACAGAGAAAAAAAAGGUAAAUACAAAAGCAACGCGUCAUGUUUUCAUUCAGAUCUGAUAUUUUCUGUAAUUGUAUUGUUUUGUUUACUUUAUAAAAGGCUUAACAUUUUGGUGAUUUUCUACAUGUUAAAAAUCCUUGAUUAUUUGUCUUUCAAAUUACAUAUAGAUCUAAUUGUUCUUGAAAUAUGAAAAGAAGCUUAAUACUUUUGAAAUAUAGUUCAGAUAAUUUAAAAAUGGCUGUACUGUAAUUUAAUCAUAGAGACUAUUAUCAUUUCUACUUUAAACAUCUAAACAAUUGUGUGUACUGUUAUCUCUUAGAAACCUGCUAUAAUAAUAACUAUUAUUGUCUGCAAAGCUUUUAUAAAUAUUUGUAUUUAAAUAUGUUAUUUUUGUCUGGUGAGGAUUUGAUUAUCGUAGAUUUAGUACAUCUGAAAUAAACUUUUUUUGCACAAAAAUAA